AAACAAGAUGGCGGCCGCAGCGACGGAGGAGGACACAGAGCUGCGGGACCUGCUGGUCCAGACGCUGGAGAGCAGCGGGGUGCUCAAUAAGAUUAAGGCAGAGUUGCGAGCAGCUGUUUUUUUGGCAUUAGAAGAACAAGAGAAAGUAGAGAACAAAACACCUCUGGUAAAUGAAAGCUUGAAAAGUUUUUUAGGUACAAAAGAUGGUCGCUUGGUAGCAGGUCUUGUUGCAGAAUUUCUACGUUUUUUCAAUCUUGAUUUUACACUGGCUGUUUUUCAGCCUGAAUCAAGCACACUAAAUGGCCUUGAUGGUCGAGAAAACUUAGCUCGAGAUUUGGGAAUUAUAGAAGCGGAAGGUACUGUGGGUGGUCCCCUGUUGUUGGAGGUUGUUAGAAAAUGUCAGCAGAAAAAGAUUUCAGGCAGUGAAGUGUCUCCAGUUCUAAGUGAUAGCCUGUGCCCCACAUCAAAAUCAUCUGAUGGAAGAUCAAGUACACACCCUAUACCAAAUAAGGUGGCUGAAACCACUCAAAGUGAUACAAGUGUCUCAUCAGGGGAAGCAAGCAAAAGAAGCAUUCAUUUUCUGCCUAAUGAAACAAAACUAGAUCCUCAACUAGAAAACAAAGACUUAAAUGCCAAAGAAAAAAGUGAUCCAGGUGUGGAUGAAGAUGAUGUGGAGGGAGAUUCUUUUUUUGAUGAUCCUAUACCCAAACCAGAAAGAACUUAUGGCUGGAAAACUGAAGCUAAUAAAGCAGGAGGUCUAGCAUCCCUUUCUGACGCACCGCCUCUAAAAAGUGGGUUAAGCUCCCUGACUGGUGCACCUUCGCUGAAGGAGUCUGAUAAUUUGAAUAGAAACUCUGUUUUGAAAGACCUGAGGUUGGUGAAUGCAAAACUGGGAUCACUAGAAUUAGGAAAUGGAGAUGAUGAUGAGUAUGCUGAUGACUUCAACAGUACUAGUCAUCGCUCGGAAAAAAGUGAUAUCAGUAUUGGUGAAGAAAUAGAUGAAAUUUCUGUGGAAACAGAAGAGUCGAAUGCCAGCGAUAAACUUGAAGGCAUCACACAAGACCUUACCAUUUCUCAGUUAAGUGAUGUUGCAGAUUAUCUAGAAGACGUGGCAUAGAAUUGGACAGCAAAAAUGUUUCAUUGUGCUGGACUAGAAGACUGCUGUGGACUGUUAAUUUCAGACAAUCACUUUUUGCUGGAAUGUCCACUCCCUAUUUGUGCCUUGUAUUUCAAAAAGACUGUUGGUGGAGAAGGCUUUUAAAUAUUCUUAACAAGAACUAAAUGAAAUAGUGCGUUCCCAUUUGAGUCUGAUAUCAGAAUUAUUUUCUUCAUUUGGUUCAGCCAAACCUUUUACAGGAGGAGGUGGAUUUUCCAAGCAGAAUGUCCAUUGCUGGCAGUGGACAUAAUUAAAAACCAAUCGAUAAGAGAACAUCUGCAGAGAGGCAUGUGGCUUUAUAAUGAACUUGCACUGUUAUUGUAACAGUCUGAAUUUUUUUUUUAAAGAUAACCAAAGCAAGAACCUUCAGAGGUAGUGGUUCAACUCAGUCUUCUUUUAACGCAAUUUUGUCAAGUCAGCAUGUAGUACAUAUUUAUGGUAACUCUAGCCACAAUACCUAAUUGCUCCAGACUUACUUGAAACUGCUGUUUUUCAGACUCUUCUGAAAGUUGGACUUUUUUUUUUAAAGGCAUAUCAAGUUGAGAGUAUCUAAACUCUCAAAUCUAAAUUUAGCUAAAUUUAGCACUAGUCUUAACUCCGAAUAUUCUUGUUUAAAUGUUUGUCAGACCAUUGAUGUUAAGACCUAAGCUGUUUUUAUAUGUGAUAAUUUCAUCUAUGUUACCUGUUGUUAAAUCACAAAAAGUAAUUUUGUAAGGAUCCACAAAUCAUUAACUAAAUCUUACUGGGUUUUGUUAAGUUUUUAAUGGUGUGGUAAUGGUUUGUGGAGCUUUUAUUAUCGAGGGCUCUUCAUGUGCUGUAAGCUCACUUUCAUUCUUGAUAAUCCUUGAGAUGUAAAAAUGAGCGCCGAAAAGUGAAACCACUAACCUUCUGUUUUUCAGAGUCUGACUGCUGUACAGAAUUAAAUCCAAAUAUUUUAAAAUACCAUAUCGAAGACAUUAUGGACACUAAGUUCUGGCUAAGAGCAAAUUCUUGUAUUUUCAUUAUACUCUUGCAAAACAGGGUCAGUAACAGAAACAUGGACAGUUCUUUAACGAUACAUGGCGCUGCUAUAAUAUAUAGGUCACGGACAUUUGUAAGACUGAAACAAGACUUCAAAAUGUGCACUUUCUGAACAUUGUGAACACAUUUGGAAAAUAUACAUGUAAGUGAAUAUAAAUAACUUUUUUUUUAGGCUUUGUAAUUUUUUUCAGGAACACUGUUGGCCUCUCAUCAAUGGUCACCACAGUGGAAGUAGCAUGCUAAACUAAAGCCAUUGGUUAAGCAUAUAGAGCUGCUACUAGCAUUGGAUGCUGACUUAAAUCUUUUUUUGCACUGGGCCAGCAGGCAUGGAGCAGUGCUGGGAAGUUAGGCUUGUACAGUACAUAAAUGAUUUGAGAGGAGAGAGGAAAAGUGUGCCUUUUAUUUAUGCGCACCCCAAAAUAGCCAGCAAAAAAGCAUCAGGAUAUUUAGUCAUGGUGUUAACUUCUAACUUUGUGCCAUAUUGUAGCAGCUGAACACAGAGAAGAAUUUUUUUUCACCCCAAAAAAUCAAUGUGCCAUAAACUUCAAAUAGCAACAAUGUUGUAACAUAUGAUACCUGUGUAAAAAUUCCUUUAAGUAUGGGGGAACCUGUGCCUCAAGAUACUAUGUAUGAAAAGUUUGUUUUGGGCUUUUUUCUUUUUUCUUUUUUUUUUUGAAGAGCAACAGCGUGUCUGAAGGAAAUAAAAUUCCACUCGAACACCUGGGAACAACUGAUUUCUGGCAUUCAUUUUUAAGGUGUAUGGAAUAAUGUAGAGACAGUGUUGUUUGCUUUUUUACAUGUCUUGGGAAAACAUGAUGUUCCGUUACCUGUUAGUUGUAGGAUACGUGGCAAUUUGUCAUACCAAAAGCAGCAAACACUUUAUUAAAUGAUUUCUAAUUUUAUUUGAAGAUGUGGCCUUUUAAAUAACUAAUUUGAUAUUUUAAGUGUUAACAUGACUCUUGUUAACAGCACAGUGUUGUUCUCUUACCUUGGGGGUUACUUGGAGACCUUGCACUUUGGCUCUAAUUUAAGGAAAUGCCAAAAAGUGAUAAGUUUCCAUGCUGUUCUGCCUGUGGGCUUUUACGGAAUUGUAUAUAAUAAUUCAAACUGCAAAAUAAAGCUGUUGUGCUGGC